CUGCAUCAAAAUGCACAACAACACAAGCAAGAAGGAGUUGUCGCCACUCUGCACCUUCCUCAUGAGGGUCCUCUUGCUACUCUCGUACACAUCGGCUGCGCACUGCCUUGAGCUUCUCGACGCCACCUUGUGGCCGGCUAUUAGUCAGGCGCAAUCGUCCACCGCUGGACAAGCGGUUUCUGUCCUCCGACGAAAAAACAUUGCUACCCCAUCAACCACUGCCCUUGAUACUCGCACCCUCCAUACUCGCGUCCAAGCGUUCCAUUCUUUGCCUCUGAGGCGAACAGGCGUGCCGAGUUGGAGAAAGCUGGUGGAAGGCCUCGGAAGUCUAGGGAUCCGAGCAGCGAUCCGAGAACUCUGCUACGUCUACUACCAGCUCACAAGAAGCACACCCCACGACAUCCCAUCACAGCGAAGCACCGCCAUGCACGAUUUGAUCGUCCAGAGGGUGUCUGAGCUCACACGGAUGCUGAUAACGCCAACCUUCCUCAUGAGGGUUCUGUGGCUCCUCUACACAUCGGCUGCCAACUUCCUCGAGCUGGUCGACGCCACCUUGUGGCCGGCUUGGAAGGCCGCAGUCAUGUGUCUGGACCAGCACAUCUUCGGUACUAUCAUCAUCAUUGUCGCCGCCGUCACAGGCACUCCUCACUUUCGACAAUCACGCCGUUCGGUCCCAUUUCCUGUUGUCAAGAAGGAGCUGAAAGCGCGCGUCGCAAGGCGCGGAUCCGAUGUGGAUUCCGAUGUCUCCACGCUUUCGGAGAGAGAGACCCAGGCGGCUGUCAACACUACGGUUGCUGGGCUGUUGGCGCUCAUGCAUACCUAA